AUGGCAGAGGAAAAUGAAGUAGUUGGAUGUGCAUCAGAGUUCAUUAAAGAUCGACUGUACUUUGCCUCCCUGCGCACAAAACCAAAAUCUACCAGUCACACCCAUUACUUUUGUAUUGAUGAAGAGCUUGUUUAUGAGAAUUUUUAUGCAGAUUUUGGACCUGUCAAUCUGGGACUUUUAUAUCGCUUCUGCUGCCUAGUGAAUAAAAAACUCAAGUCAUUUUCACUGGCAAAGAAACGCAUUGUACACUAUACCAGCUUUGAUCCACACAAGCGGGCUAAUGCUGCUUUUUUGAUAGCAUCUUACGCUAUCAUUUACUUGAAAAAAACACCAGAAGAAGCUUACAGACCUCUAGUGGCAGGCACAAAUCCCCCAUUUCUCCCAUUCCGAGAUGCAUCUUUUGGCCCAUGCACUUAUAAUCUCACAUUGUUGGACUGCUUAAAUGGACUUAACAAGGCUCUUGUGAAUGGCUUCUUCAAUUUUGAGACAUUUGAUGUGGAUGAAUAUGAACAUUAUGAGAAAGUGGAAAAUGGUGAUUUCAACUGGAUAUUACCCAAUAAAUUCUUGGCAUUUUGUGGACCUCAUCCAAAGUCUAAAAUAGAGAAUGGUUAUCCACUUCAUGCCCCAGAGGCGUACUUCCCAUAUUUUCGAAAGCACAAUGUCACAUUGAUUGUCCGGCUGAACAAGAAAGUUUACGAUGCAAGAAGAUUCACUGAUGGCGGCUUUGAUCAUCAUGAUCUCUUCUUUAUUGAUGGUAGUGUGCCAAGUGAAACUAUAGUGAAAAACUUCCUUGAAGUCUCAGAAAAUACAGAAGGUGCAGUAGCUGUUCACUGCAAAGCUGGCUUGGGUAGGACAGGGACACUAAUUGCAUGUUACCUCAUGAAGCAUUACAAAUUCACUGCAGGGGAGGCCAUUGCCUGGUGUCGAAUCUGUCGACCUGGUUCUGUGAUUGGACCUCAGCAAAAUUUUCUUGAAGACAAGCAAGCUUGGUUGUGGAACAUGGGUGAUAGAUAUAGAGAGCAGCAUGGAAAGCCUAAAAGAGAAAGGCAGAGCUCUGUAUCAAAACUGUUAUCUGGUGUGGAUGAUAUGCGGAUUGAUGAUUCUUUGGACAGUGAAAUACGGUACAGCAAUAUUUCAUAUGAAAAUUACUCUGGUCCAGUUACUCGAAGCUCAGGGGUAGAAACUCAGGGAGACAAACUCAAUCAGCUGAAACUGCUGAGAAGCAAGCAUUCUCGCUCUACAACUGCUGGCUUCUUCUGUGAAGAGCCAAAAGGUCAUAAACGAUCUCCUGUGCAAACAUCCCGACAAACUGGGGUCAGAAAUGCUCAGAGCAUUUUGUCUUCCCUGAAAUCUUCAAAAGUGCCAAGUCAUAUAUCUAGCAACAACGUGAGUCAUAGUGGCAGUUUGGUAACAUCAGGAAAACGGCAUAUAGUGCGACACGGGGCAACUUCUGCAACUACUAGUGGAAAAAGAAAACAAGUCUACAGCCUAAGGAAGAAUCUUAACUCCAGCCAAACUUCUCCACAUCCUGCUGGUGAAAAUGACAGCGACCACCACCAUAAUUUAGUGAGCACAUCAGCGAGCAAUCGUUACAACAAUAUUUCAAAAUCUGCUUCAUCAUGGCCUUAUAAAUAUCGGUUACGAUCUUAUCACACUAUCAGUGCCUCCUUACCAUGA